CUCCUUCUUUACCCCUUGCUUCCCAUAUACACCCUGCAUCUUCGUAUACCCCUGCUCAAGUCCUUGAAUUGCUCUCAUCUCGCUCGGACGGACCUUGCAGCGCUCUUGUACCAGAAGGAAGAGGACUCACAUGCCACGGCAGCCCCACAGCACUUCGCGCUUCUGAAUUCCCAGUCGUCCGUGAUAGGGCUCCACCCCACAUCUUGAAGGCGCGAUACAGCCCUGAGUCAACCUCAGUCGUUGCACACUCUCUCCAGAUAGGCGCCCAAACCAGAUCAAGAUGCCCCGGAUAUUCACAAACGAGGUCUCAUUUCCCUACCCCUGGGUUGAGACUGCCUUAGGUGUACUGCACAAGUAUCCGAAUCCAUGUGCGGAUCACGUCGUCUCGGUAGACACAAUAGACCAGCAAUUCGAUGAGGCAUCUGGGAAGCUGCGACUGGAAAGGGUGCUGGGCGUGAGACAAGGAGCCCCGCGGUGGGUCGUCAAGCUCUUGAGUUUGGCGGAAGACACCUACGUGCGGGAAGUGAUGGUCAUCGACCCCGCCGAAUCAAAAGUGGAGAUGACCUCUACAAAUAUGACCCUAUCAGAGUACCUCUUGGCCAAAGAGUACAUCACCUAUACCCCAUCCCCCUCGUCUUCUCCUUCCGGCGCUGAAUCACGAUCGACAGUAUUCAAACAGACGGCCAAGAUUACUUGCGAGCUCACUAGCAAGUCAAACAGCUCUAUCAUGGCCAAGGCGGGGAAGAAGUUGGAAGAUACCAGCUUCGAUCGGUAUGGAAGCAACGCUGGAAAGGGAAAAGAGGGACUCAUGAUGGUGUUACGAAAUCUAUGGGGUGAGGCUGUAGCGGCAGAACAGAAGGGGAAACUGUAAAUACCAACAGCGGGCGAAGUAGGUGGGGGCAAAUCAACAUCGG